GUACGCUACACUACGGUGACCACUGCCCAACACGGCUCACCUCUCACGGAGUCACGGACUUUUAUUUCUGGUACUCUCCACUCUAGGUUGGAUGGACAUUGGACGUACGUACGUAAAUACCCGUCCAUCCAUAUCCAUCCAUGAUGAUCCAUCCUAUUCCUACGAAAAAAAAUCCUCCAAAAAAAUAUAAUCAGCAAUUGUCCUCCACCAGCCGGCGGCUGAGUUAAGUUGCGCGAACGAUGUGUGUGUGGGUGGGUGAGUGGAUGGGUGUGGCCAUGAUAUUGCACGACCGUGGCUGUGAAGGAGCGCUGCAGUCGCAUUUGGAGCCGGAGAUGGCAGCAGCCCGGCCGGCCGGGCCAGCGAGACGACGAGUCGCGACUCGCGAGCCUCGAAACAGACACUCCCAUCUAAGCAAAACAAAUUGCCUCCCAGGCUCCCAAGAUUUCUGUUGGGGGCCCGGGGGGCGGGGGGGCCACCGAAAUAGGGAUUCGUCAGGCAUGCCGUCGAUGUCGAUGUCGAUGUCGCCACACCUUCUUUGCUAUGAUCAUCAUCAUUAUUAUCACCACCACCUCCGGGCUCCUCCAGGCUCCUCCUCCUCCACCAUGACCUUGCAGCCAGAGCAGAGCGGCAGAGCACAACCUAACCAACAACAAAAAAAUACGUACAUACACACUCUACCUACAUAUGCACGCGUAGGGAGUUCAAACUUCAAACCCACAAAGAAACAAAGAAAGAAGGAAAGCCCUGCGUCUACUCUAACUUCACCGUACACCGUACGUACCCCAGAUGGCACGUACUGGCAGAGCCUGCCGGAUCUAUCUAUGUAUAUUCACCUGCCUGCCUGCCUGUGAGGCUGUGACGGUCUUGCAGGAUGGAUGGAUGGGCGGGCGGGAGGUGGUGAUGGACGUAUCGCUCGCGAGUCGCUCGUUCGCGCCCAUGUAUGUCAGAAACGGAAAAAGAAACCGGCAGGCAACAAGCAACAUUGGACAUAGGCGUACCUAAUACCGACAUGCUUACCGGUACUUGAGGAUCUAUAUCAAAAUCAAAAUAUCUGAAGCAGAAGAAGCAGAAGCAGAAGAA